UACUUUUCAACCUUCGCCAGAAGUGGCCCAAAAAUUAUCCCUUCUUCCUUUGUCUCUCCCCCCCUCUUAUGCCACUCUCUCUUCUCCCGGAGAGCCAAACUGUAGCCAAGCUGAGGUUCGUCCACCGCCGGAAUAAGUUACCGCUGUCUUCUUCUCUUUCUCUCUCCACUCUCCGGUCCUUUUUUUUUUUUUGGGCUUCCUAUAUUCUUACCGCGUUUUCGUCUCUCCCGAUUUCCUGGGGCAAUCGCGGGAACUCCGCUAAAGCGAAGCAAAGAGACGGUUUUUGCUCGAAAUCUGGGGUUUCCUUAUCCCGACGCGACGCGGUACUCUGAUCCGCGGGAUCACCGGCUACUUGGUGGUGGAGCUGGUGAGAGGCAGUUCUACUAGGGUUUACGGACGGCGGCCGGAGGCGGAGGCGAUGAGGUGAGAUGGGGUGCGUGCUCGGAAAAGAGGCGGCGCCGCCACCUCCCUCCCGGCGGAGGGAAAAGGAGCGCGACCAACACCACGAACCCCCGGCGGUCGCAUCUGGUCGCAAAGCCCAGACCUUGCAGUCCAAUUUCGAGACUGGAGUUGAGGUUCCCGACGCGGAUCGGACGGAGGAGAAGAAGGAGGGGGAGGGGGAGGUGAAGGUCAAGCCGGAUGGCGGCGGCGGCGGCGGCGGCGGAGGGGAGGAGAAACCUCGGCGGAGGGACAGGCGGAGGCCGAGGAUGGACCCGCGGCUGAGCAACCUGCCCAAAGGCGUGCACGGCGAGCAGGUCGCCGCCGGGUGGCCGGCGUGGCUCUCUGCGGUGGCUGGGGAGGCCAUCCGGGGAUGGACCCCUCGCCGGGCCGAUAGCUUUGAGAAGCUCGAUAAGAUCGGGCAAGGUACUUAUAGUAACGUUUACAAGGCUAGAGAUAUCUUGACGGGCAAAAUUGUUGCUUUGAAGAAGGUCCGGUUCGAUAUUUUGGAGCCGGAGAGUGUGAAAUUUAUGGCCAGAGAGAUCAACAUCCUGAGGAGAUUAGAUCAUCCUAAUGUUGUGAAGCUGGAUGGAUUGGCUACUUCUAGGAUGUCAUGUAGUUUGUAUCUAGUUUUUGAGUACAUGGAGCAUGAUCUCGCUGGUCUCGCCGCCAGCCCUGAAAUCAAAUUCACAGAGCCUCAGAUGAAAUGCUACAUGCAUCAGUUGUUGUCAGGGCUCGAGCAUUGUCACAAGCGGGGGGUGCUGCAUCGUGACAUCAAGGGAUCAAAUCUCUUGCUUGAUAAUGAUGGAUUACUCAAGAUUGCAGAUUUUGGGUUGGCUUCAACCUUAGAUCCAAACCAUAAGCAACCCAUGACGAGCCGGGUGGUCACCCUUUGGUAUCGGGCACCCGAGCUUCUCCUGGGGACUACUGAUUACGGUGUGGGGGUCGAUCUCUGGAGUGCAGGCUGCAUUCUAGCAGAGCUCUUGUCUGGGAAGCCUAUUAUGCCUGGGCGGACGGAGGUGGAGCAACUGCAUAGGAUUUUUAAGCUGUGUGGUUCCCCUUCAGAAGUGUACUGGAAGAAAUCAAAGUUGCCACAUGCUACACUAUUUAAGACCCAAAAACCAUAUAAACGGUGCAUAGCAGAGACAUUUAAAGAUUUUCCUCCAUCAUCAUUGCCUUUAAUUGAAACUCUCCUUGCAAUUGACCCAGCUGAGCGUCAAACUGCCUCUGCUGCAUUAAUAAGUGAAUUCUUCGCAACUAAACCUUAUGCAUGUGAACCAUCGAGUCUGCCAAAAUACCCUCCAAGCAAGGAGAUUGAUGCUAAACGAAGGGAUGAAGAAGCUAGAAGGUUGAGAGCUGCUGGUGGAAAAGCCACUGGUGAUGGAAUAAAGAAGACAAGGGCUCGUGAUCGAGCUGCUAGGGUGGCUGGAGCUCCCGAGGCAAAUGCUGAACUACCAGCAAACCUUGAUAGGAGGCGGCUAAUAACAUAUGCAAAUGCAAAGAGCAAGAGUGAAAAGUUUCCUCCACCGCAUCAGGAUGGGGCACUUGGCUUUCCGUUGGGUUCUUCACAUCACAUGGAUCCUGUCUUUGAUCCUCCAGAUGCGUCAUUUAGCACGGUGUUUCCCUACCAGAAAGCCAGUGUGUCGACUUGGUCUGGUCCAUUGGUGGAGCCUGCUGUAGUUGGCCAUUCGAAGCGAAAGAAAGAGUCUCGCUCGUCAAAAUCUCUUGCUGGCGCUCAUGGUACAAAGGAAAUUCAGAAAAGAUGAUGCUCAAAUUUGAGUUUUAGAACAAAAAAUUGUGAGAGCCACACAGUCCAUUGAAAUUUGAAUGAUUAAUUUUGUAAUAUGCCCUUGUUAUAUCAGGACAUUACACGAUAGCCUACAAUGGCUUGGAAGCCUGUUUAGUGUCUAGAGAGAGAAACGGUCUUGAUCAUUAUUUCCAUUGUUUUCUCUUCCUUUUUAUCUUUUCCUUUUUUUUCCUUUUUAAAAGACCAUGAUGUAUAGGCUGGAGAGACAUAAUUGCUUAUCAGGUGUAUUUUCACCCCAUAUUGGAAAACUGGAUUCUGGUUAUGUUGGACUGAAUCAAGUAGCCCUUUUGGAAUC